GCGCAGUCUUUGAACCCAACAUGGGGCCAGGAAAACCAACCGGGCGCCCAGUACGAGGUGGAAGGGAGAGUACACGAAGCGCUGCCAAAGCGGCAGCGCAGAAGAUCAAUGCGUCUCAAAGUGUGCGCUCUGCUCGAAUGAAACGCGUUGUAUACGACGAGUCGGAUUCGUCAAGUGACCCCGACGAAAAGAAGAAGGACGCAACGUCGGCGAAGGAAGAGUCCGACGCAGAGGAAGAAUUGGAUGAUGCAGAAAUGGAAGAAGAAGAUGAAGAUGAUACCGUUCCACAGGAACCACCAGAACCUCCGGCUGAAAACAUCUCCGAGAUGCAGAAUCCGAAGAAUGAGGUCGAGAAGGAAAUAGCAGAAGACGACGAUGACGACGAAGCACAUGAAGAAGAAGACGAUGAAGACGAGGAGGACAUCUUUCAGCUUCUUGAGAGUGCGCAAGACGAUGAAACUAUCCAGAAACUCAUCCAAAAUUCGCUCGGCCAACUUGCUCGAGAGGGCAGCAGUCCAAGCAGGGACCUUGUCCUCGCAUAUGCUGCGAGUGUGAGUGCGAAUUCAACUAAGUUUCAGCACCCCUCUACGCUCAAAGCCUUAUUACGACUACUCAGGAGUUCGGUUGGUCGGGAGCGGUCGAGCUCGAUCGAGAAAAAGUCUUCCAAACCAAAGCCGCCGCGUGACCCAGUCAAACCGGGCGGUAUCACAUUGACAGCAUUGGUGGCAAACCUGCUGGCUGCGAUUCUAAAACCUGUUCCACAAGUACAAUGGCCAGACGACUGCCUGAAAGUUUUUGUCGACGAUUCGCUGCACUCACGAGCGUGGGUUGACCACGAUAUGUCUGCAGUGUUUGUCAGCAUGAUCAAAGCCCAGAUUCAAAACCAUCCGUCGGCCGAGGUGGCGCAACGAGUCAUGGAGCACCUGUCGUCGAAAGUGAACGAGAUCAAGCGAGGGGGGGUGGUGAUGAAUAAUCCUACCAUGGUGAAGAACGUGAUGCUCACCUUGAUGGACCUGGCACCGCUGCCUCAGGGCCGCCUCAUCGCAUCGUCCAAUUUGGAGUUGUGGUUCCAAAACUCAAUCCAUAAAACGAUUGCUCGAGAUUUUCUGUUAAAGAUCGUCCGGUCGUGUACGACUCUCGAAGCCCAUGACCUCGAAACAGUCGAGAAUCUCCUCAACAUGAAGUUUAAGUCGGUGUCGUUCCCCCAACUGAAGACAGAAGUGUUUACGUUGCUCGUGCACCAGCGUCCCGAGUACAUUAACAUUGCGAUCAAAGUCGUCUUGCUCAAAGAACGGUUGGCGGCAACAUUGAAGGAUGUAGACAACCUUAAGAUGAUGCCGCUCAUAUUUCGCGAAACCGUCCAGAUCGUUAACGAUCGAGAUGACAACGAAGAACUGUCGACUUUCAAGCGUGUAGUCGUCCAACACCCCGGUGCAAGAACGAGCAAUGCAUUAGCCAUAGUGCUACAAGAAAUGGCUACAGUCUCAAGCAACCUUCCCACACUCAAAAACACCCUUCGAAAGGUCAUUCGAAGUUUGGGGCCGGACCAGUUGGACGUACGAGCGUUGUGCCAAGGCUUAAUGUCGGUUCCCACGUCAAUGCAAUCGUUGGAUUUCUUCGUCGUGAUGGGGGAAUUGGUGGCUUUGGUGCUGUUCGUACAAGGUACUGCAGUCCGUAGUCUUCAAGUAAACGUUCAAGAACCUGCUGCCAACUCCCGCUUGAACUUACUCCCUAAAGCAUUGGACAAAGGAGUCCGACGCCUGGGGACUGCCCCGUCCAGUAACAUCAGUACCAGUGGUAUCGUGACGUCGGCGGCGGUGGCUGCAGGGUCUCAGAAGCGGCAGUCUGGUAAAGACACUCAGGAGAAACUACCCAUUACCCCCGCUGUCAAGGCCAAAGAAGAACUAGCACAGUUGAUUGCUGAUGUCCAACGUAUGGCUGUUAAUUGGUGUCACCAAGUGCAACAGCUUGGUGAUCAAUUGGGAAUACGGUUGUUUAGUGCUGUCAUGCGGAAAGUUCUUUUCUUGGACAUGCUUGUCGAAAUGCAGGCAUCAGAGCAUGAUCGUGGGUGCUUCAACUUUUGCCGAGAAAUGCUUCCGUUGCAUGAAGACACAAUCGUCCGCAUCGUUGAAAUGACCAACUAUGCAAGUCCGGAAGAAACGCUGGAGAUCUUAAAUAUUCUGGAAUCGAUCGUGGUGCGAGGGGCAGAAGGCCAGAUCGCACGGGAAUCGUUUUUUCAAACGCAAGCACAGAUCGAUCAGUAUGUGGCUGUUGGUGGCUUGAUGGGGCUGCACAUGGACCAACUUGAGUUUAUCUGUCAGUUGCUGGAAGCCGGGACGGUGCGUGGACAUUUGUACGAAGGAAAUGCCGUGUGCUACAGUGAGCUGUUUUGGAUCGCUAAUUGCGUCUUAUUGGUUUUGAUCGCGUUCAACCCUGCGCCGCUGGGUGCCAGCGUGUGGGACGGCGUUCCCACCAUGCGCGCUCUAAUGCAAAUGGUAAUUACUGGCCGGUACACGUUUCCGCCUGUCGAACCAGAAGACAUCAAACUCUUUGACACGCAACCGCCAUCGAUGACUCUGUUACAAGCCAACCAAAUAUUUACCGAUCGAGAGCACGCACUUUUCGAAGCGCACAAGUUGCCCAUCGACCAUUCGUUGAUGCUAGUCCAACCGCUUCAUAGCACUGCACGUGCCCCACCACUCGAGGUUUUGCGGAAAGUAGAAAAUCUGGACAAAAGAUUGCGCUUGGGUGUUCGCCUUCGUAAGAGUCGGACCAAGGACUUUUUGAUGGACAUGGUGGACGUAACUGUAUCGGACAAGGCCCCUCACUCGAGCUGGUCGGAAAGCCCUGAGCGGAUCUGGUGGAUCGUCGAAAUCGUUUGCGACGAGAACGAUACACUGUCAUACCUUCCUCGGCGAUGUCUGUGCGAGCUCCUACUCUUGUCUUGUGUAGACGGCAGUGGCGAAAAGUCCAAGUUUAUGCACGCGAUGCUGCUUCAGCAAGUGCCAACCUUACUUCAACGACUGAAGGAAUGCAUUGAGCACGACAAUACUGACGUGAUUACCUUCUUCUUGGACCGGUUGGCGUCGCCAAACGUUGCUACGCGCCAACUUUCGUCUUAUAUUUUGGAUCUCUUGACUCAAGAAGUUACACCAACGUCGCUGUCCAAGUCGGUGCCCCAGAUUUCGUUUGCCUGGCUGCCUGGCUUGGUUAAACUCCCAAGCUUUCCCACCCUUCACGAAAAAGUCAUAGUUUCCUUGGAAAAUUUGCUCAAGUUCGAGUCGUCGGUUGAAGCGCUCAAGUUGUGUCUUGGCGCAUUGUACGAUAUUUUUGCUGAUCAGCCCAAUUUGCACCUUAAUUUGGCGAUUGCCAUUGGAAAUCUGUUGGUACAACGCGCCGCCGUAUCAAGACUGCUCCUGGCGGAUUCAGUAAUCUUUGGACGAAUUGUCACUACAUUCUGGGCCGCUAUUGAGUAUCAAGUGGAGCAUUCGACGAAGGACCAUCCCAGCGACUGGGUCAACGUUGCGGUCGACCCAGAUCACCACCAUGGAGCGUCUGAGGUUGCAUUACCUCCGAGCUUGGUGUCGGGGGGAAUUGAAUUGCUCUGUUUUUCGUUGCCACCGUCGGUCCCAGUUCCUGAAGCGUUUGAUAACUUGGUCGGCUUCUUCUUCCCGUCCAAUUCCAACCUCGGUUUGUGGCAUCCGACUCAAAAUUUCUCGUGCUCGUCGGAUCAUUUGUUUCGCUUGUCAUGCGUCACCAAUUCCUACCUUAUCGCUGCCGCCAUUCGGAAAAUGACGUUGGACGUGCUGUGGAGAGUCGGGUUGUCGUAUGGUCGUCUACCCACUUGUCUCUUGGCUGUACUGACAGCGUUGCAAGCUGCCACAGUUUCCAGUCCAGAUGAAUGCUUGGACGCAUUGAAGCGUGAAACGGCAAAUAGCGAUUCUGGUCAAGCAUGCGAGGAAGCUUUGGAUCACUUGAAUAUGUACUUCCGCCAAGAAGUGUUUAAAGACCUUUCGUCCAACAAAACCAGCGUCGAUGUUCUCGUUUGGCUACGUGGUCAGGUGAACCCAUCCCUAGAUGCCAGUCGCGGCGGAAUCGAAACCAAGCUUCGAUUCAGCACCAAAGUGUCCUUAUUUAAACGUAACAUUUCUCCGAGCAUCAGCGCCGCUGUCAAGGUUCCCGACGUUUCGUCACAUGCCGCCCCCGUUCCAUCAAAGAAAAAAAGUAAGGCUUCCAAAGAACAAACCAACAUCGUGUGCCAACAUGUUCAAGACAAUUCACACCGGCAAUCCGUCCUUGAAUGGGUUCGCAUCGCGUCGAUGGGCGAAACAAAGCAACUUGUUGAACUUGGACGCGUCUUGGCCAAGUCGCCCACCGUCGAAUUCGUUCAAGUGUUUUUGCACGAAAUCGUUGCACUGGGAUGUCAUGACAGUGUCGGCGUCUUCUUUCAAGCAUUUUUGAGUCAGCACACUAUCACAUCGCUCCUACCUUUUUCGUCUAUUGUGCUGGAUUCGAUCUGGAACCUCAUGCCGUGGCAUCUCCAAAGUGUAUGGCAGCGAAUAGUACGACUCAUCGUUGCUGAACAAGCCCAGACGUGGCGGCAAACGCAAUCGGUCGCCCAGUCGCGUCUUUCGCUUGUACACAACAUUGCCUUCAACUUACGACAUAAUGUGGCUUCAACGAUCACUGCUUUGAUGAAUAUUGAAGCCAUGUCUGUGGAAUCAAUGCAAGCCAAAACCCAAGUGGUCGAAUAUAUUUUGAUGGACCUUUACGCUUCCCGUCCACAUUCAUUCUCGUUGGUCAUGGAUGUUUGUGCGCCAGGUUGGCAGGUCGGGGCAUCGAAGUUGAUUCAAAAGUCGAAUUCUCUUGCCGCCAAUAUCGACCGUUGGCUGCAGGCGAAUGACCAUGUGGAUGCCUUACGUCUCGUAGCAAUAAGGCAUCCGUUGCUGGUUUCGUCGAGAAUCCUCAAUAUGGCCCUGCUCAUGGAAGGCCAAUCAACCUUGUUUUUAUCGAAAUGCUCCUUGGACAACUGGUUGACUGCAAUCAACUUUGUAUUGGAGUGCCUAUUUCGCCACCCCGAAAUUCUCGUUCAUGUGGUUCAGUGCUUCUUGGUCUACCUCGAGCACUCUCACGAUGUGUCCAAGUUGCCCACGGCAUUACGCAUUCUCCGCACGAUCGAGGGCAUGAUUGCCACGGACAGCAGCGCAAUGCUUCCAUUCUUCACGCCCCACAGCAUUCGAAUUCGCUGGGCGCACGCUUUGACAAGUUUUGAUGCACUAAUCCCUGCUGUCGCCAGUGUCAUGCACUUUCUUGAUGUUCGAGUAGCCAAAUACUCCGAAGGACUUGCAUGGGCCAUUACAUCGUCCACAACUCCUUCGGUUGAGGACCAGCUGGAACAGCUCAAGGCAUCCUUACCGCAAUUUGGUGGAUCUGCCAAAGAAUUAGUCCUUCCUGCGCUGUUGGAGUAUGUCCGCAGCGGAGACAUGACGAAGAAGACGGCUGUGCAGAUUUGCCAAUGCCUGCUCCUCAUCCUCCAGAAUGACUAUACCAGCGCACCACAAGCGACCAAGGCAUACUUGACGUGCUUGACGUCACCCAAAGUCGGCAUUCGUGAAGCUGCCACGUUUUUCCUGCUCGACUUUCUCGUGUAUUGUAGCCCAGCGCAGCACUACACCAUGUUGGCGCACUUGUUUAUGGAGGACAGUGAUGUGGCCAAGAGCAGCAUCUCACUGUACUUCAAGAGUGAUCUCUUCAAAGCAGAGCACAGUUAAGAAACCUUUGUAAUAACCUUCGAUCGAGUUCCUAGCAGUCCUAGUGCUCAGUCGACUUUCGC